CAGAGGUUGGGUUUCUUACCUGCUCGGCAGAGGACGCGGUCUCCGGCUUGUCCCGCCUCCAGCUGAUGGCGGAGUCCGGAAAAGACUGACUGGAGAAUGGGCGUGCUUGCACGAUCGCCUCACCGAGGACGGACUUCUCGUCCCGCCCCUUCUCCUGCUUGCUUAAAUCCGUUGGGCUGCCCUCCUGUCCGUCAGAAGCGGGUGUCACCAACAACAAACGUGCGACCAACUCUUCGCCUAGUGAAUCUGUAAGCCGCGAGAGUGCUUUGAAGUAGCUUUAGGUGGAAGAUGUCAGAAAGUAACUCGGCAGAGGGUAGCGACAGAAGCGAGGAGCAGGUGUCUGGUGCUAAAGUCAUCGCCCAGGCCCUAAAAACGCAAGAUGUGGAGUACAUGUUCGGUGUCGUAGGCAUCCCCGUGACCGAAAUCGCCCUUGCUGCCCAGGAACUGGGCAUCAAGUACAUUGGGAUGAGGAAUGAGCAAGCGGCUUGUUACGCUGCCUCUGCAGUUGGAUACCUAACGGGCAGGCCAGGAGUAUGCCUCGUUGUUUCUGGUCCUGGCCUCAUCCACGCCUUGGGCGGCAUGGCGAAUGCAAACAUGAACUGUUGGCCCUUGAUUGUGAUUGGUGGUUCUUCUGAAAGGAAUCAAGAAGCAAUGGGAGCCUUCCAGGAGUUUCCUCAGGUUGAAGCUUGCAGAUUAUAUUCCAAGUUCUCUGCCCGGCCAAGCAGCAUUCAGCACAUUCCUUUUGUUAUUGAAAAGGCAGUGAGGAGCAGUAUCUAUGGUCGCCCGGGAGCUUGUUACAUUGACGUUCCUGCAGAUCUUGUGACCCUCCAGGAGAGCGCGACUUCUAUAAAGUACAAGGAGUGCUGCAUGCCACCUCCACUUAGCCUGGCAGAAACCUCUGCUGUGUGUGCGGCAGCCUCUGUUCUUAGGAGCGCCAAGCAGCCCCUGCUCAUCAUCGGGAAAGGCGCUGCUUAUUCCCAUGCAGAGGACAGCAUCCGGAAACUGGUGGAGCUGUGCAAUCUGCCAUUUUUACCUACUCCCAUGGGGAAGGGUGUCGUCCCUGACAACCACCCAAACUGUGUGGGUGCGGCCAGAUCCAGGGCUUUGCAGUUUGCUGAUGUGAUUGUGUUGUUUGGUGCAAGACUCAACUGGAUAUUACAUUUUGGACUGCCGCCAAGGUACCAGGCCGACGUGAAGUUUAUUCAGAUUGAUAUCUGUGCAGAAGAACUGGGGAAUAAUGUAAGGCCUUCGGUGACUUUGCUAGGAGAUGUAAAUGCUGUUUCUAAACAGCUUUUAGAACAAUUUGUUAAAAAUCCAUGGCAGUACCCCACAGACAGCAAAUGGUGGCAGACUCUGAGGGAGAAAAGGAAGAACAAUGAAGCCGUAUCCAAGGAAUUAGCUUCCAAAAAAUCCCUCCCUAUGAAUUAUUACACAGUGUUCUACCACGUUCAAGAACAGUUGCCCAGGAACUGUUUCAUAGUGAGCGAGGGAGCAAACACCAUGGACAUUGGACGGACUGUGCUUCAGAACUACCUUCCUCGUCACCGGCUGGAUGCCGGUUCCUUUGGAACAAUGGGAGUUGGUUUGGGAUUUGCCAUUGCAGCUGCUGUGGUGGCUAAGGAGAGAAGCCCUGGGCAGCGGGUCAUCGGUGUGGAAGGAGACAGUGCCUUUGGCUUUUCCGGCAUGGAAGUGGAAACCAUCUGCAGGUACAACUUGCCAAUCAUAAUCUUGGUAGUGAACAAUAAUGGAAUUUACCAAGGUUUUGAUGCUGACACCUGGGGGAAAAUGUUAAAUUUUGAAGGAACUGCUACAACAAUCCCUCCAAUGUGUCUGCUUCCAAACGCACACUACGAGCAGGUCAUGACUGCGUUUGGAGGCAGAGGGUAUUUCGUACAAACGCCAGAGGAGCUCCAAGACUCGCUGCGGCAGGCUCUGAAAGACACAAGUAAACCGUGUCUUAUCAACAUCAUGAUCGAACCGCAGAGCACGCGGAAGGCCCAGGAUUUUCACUGGCUCACCCGUUCCAACAUAUGAAUAAACUACUUGGCGUUUUUUGAGGCAUUUUCUCUUUCCUACAAGGUAGAAUUUCCUUUUCAUAGCAAAAUUACCACGAUGCUAACAUUGUAUUGAAAAAUACACUUUAAAUUGUCUUUUACAGUAAAGAAAUUGAUUAAAGCUGUCAUUAUUUGUUA